AUGCAGCGGGCGGCGUCAAGUGGCGGCAGCGGCGGCAUCGGGCGAGCCCUGGCCGGCGGCCGUGCGGACUCUCUGCUUUCCGAGGGCGGCCCCGACUACUUCACCCAGAGCAUGAGCCUGCUGUGCCCCCUGGACGACGACUCCCUGCCCAUGGAGGCCGCCAAUCUCAAGAGCAAACAGGUGGGCGCCGCGCGGCGCCCAUCCCGCGGGCUGCGUGCGGCGCGCGGCAAGCUUGGCGGCCGUGGCCCCGGCGCCCCUGCGGGGUUAGAGUCGCGCGUCCCCUAG